AUGUCUGACAACGGCGAGCUUGAUGUCGAGAACUCUGUUCUCCCCGAGAUCCUCCCCAAGGAUGUCGUCAAGGAGGUCGGCAACAUCAAGCUGUUCAACAAGUGGGAUUACGAUGUUGAGGUCCGCGACAUAUCCCUAACUGACUACAUCUCCCUCCGCAACCCCGUCUACCUUCCUCACUCCGCCGGCCGCUAUGCCACCAAGCGCUUCCGCAAGGCCAACUGCCCCAUCAUUGAGCGUCUCACCAACUCGCUCAUGAUGCACGGCCGCAACAACGGAAAGAAGCUCAUGGCCGUCCGCAUCGUUGCCCACGCUUUCGAGAUCAUCCACCUGAUGACCGACCAGAACCCCGUCCAGGUCGCCGUUGACGCCAUUGUCAACUGCGGUCCCCGCGAAGACUCUACCCGUAUCGGUUCCGCCGGUACCGUCCGUCGGCAAGCCGUCGAUGUGUCGCCUCUGCGCCGCGUCAACCAGGCCAUUUCGCUGCUUACCACCGGUGCCCGUGAGGCCUCGUUCCGCAACGUCAAGUCGAUCGCCGAGUGCCUCGCUGAGGAGCUGAUCAACGCCGCCAAGGGUAGCAGCAACUCGUACGCUAUCAAGAAGAAGGAUGAGCUGGAGCGUGUGGCAAAGUCCAACCGAUAA